AUGGGUGAGGAACGGACCGAGAACGAGGUCUUGGAGUUGACAGAUGAGUUACGAGAAGAGUUUGCGCUACACGCUCGAUUAUACAGUGUGGAUUACUCGAACCGCGAAAUCAGUGAGGCCCGGGACCGUUGGACGCCAGCAAAACGCCGCCUCUACAGCGUGUUCGAAUGGGACCCGAACGAACCAGGCAGCCGUCAAAACCUCAGUGAGUGGAAGGCGGAUCAGAGACAAGCUUCUAUGGUGACCCCGGCCAAAUUUUGCGAAGUGAUCGGCGGCCUUGAUCUCUUGGACCAUCUAGACCUGAAAUCCUACCAGGACAGGAUGGAUACGGUAGAUGUGAUCCCAUUCCCGCUUUUCAAGCAUGGAGGAGAGUAUCUUUAUCUCGAAUGGGCCCGAUGCUCUCACUUUCCACAAGAUCUGCACCCUACGCAACCCGCUAGCCGCCAAUACCGGACAUGGGGUCAACGAGACGUUUGGGAGGACUUCGACGCGCGUGAGGAGGGCUGGUGCAAGUUUGAACCCCCAAUUAUUAUCCCUCAACAUCUCCGGACCUCAGAGGAUACAGAACACAGCUCAGCCCUACAUUACGCCUAUGUAAUUGGCACGAUUAGUUCUGCAGAAUUAUACACCAUCGACGAUGUAUUUGACUUGGACCCUGCCCCUUUCAAAGUCUUCCUCCAUCCCGUCGACAAGAGUUUUUGGAUAGUUUUCGAUGUUCAUCCUUCUAUGCAACCUUUGGAUGAUCCGCCCUCGUACAGCUAUGAAUGGGACAGCGAUGAUUCGGACGGCCCAACAAUACGCGUAUGCGACCAUGAGAUUUGGGACGAGCUCGAACCUGCACCUCCUGUCGUUGCUUGGCGCAUACCCUUUUCUGACAUGCAGCGUAUCGCACAGCGGCGCAAAUAUAUUCGUGGUUUCGUUAGCACGGCCAUACAGGACAAUGAUGGUCCCGUGCCGCAAGUGGUCGUGGACGGGUAUGAUCCUAUCUGGAACAGCCCUGAUGUCCCGCGACCACUGUUAUAUCCGCCAGGGAAAGAUUGCUGGGCGAAGUACAAGGAGGAAAUUUUGAAGCCAGCGGCCUUAGCUGCUCGUCGUGGAUCCAGCAAUGUGGGGGAGUUCCAACAAGACCCUGGACCAAACGAUCCGUCAGCCGACUAG